CCAGACACUAUUUUCUAUCUCACUUCCCCUUUAGAAUGAUACCAUUCGGUCCACAAGCUGUCCAUCGUUUUUUUUUUUUUUAAAAAAACCGACCAUCUUGUCAAUAUGGUCCGAACAAAGACGCGGGCCCGAACUUUCUCAGAAUGUUACCCGAACGGUCCCCCCAACAUUCGCUUGCCACUGGCAGUCCAACAAAUCAACAAUAACCUCAUCUUCAAGGACCACGCCGGCAGACCAGCCUUGAUGUCAUGGUGGAGCUUGGGAGUCAAGCGUGCAUUGCCUCCCCUCGCCUCCUGGGUCUUCUACAUGGUCCAUCCGGGUGUGCCAAAUGACUUCGACGGCUGUGAAUUUCGCGAUAGCCUUGAGAAUGCCCACAGUUUAGCUCAAGUCCAUGAUCGGGACCAUCGGUACGAGUUCUUCUUUCUUCCUGGCGCCACACCCGAAGAAUGCCACGCGCACUACCUUGGAGAGAUGGAGGCUCGCGGUACCAUGUGGCGCCAAAUCCGCAAGGUCAAGCGAGCCGUCAAGAAUAUGAAGCAGGGCAAAGAGCCGGAGGAUAAUUCCGCGCAAGAGUCCACCUUUAUUCAAGUGUCCACUUCUGUUGAAGAUCCCAGUCCUGAGGAAGAGUCAUCUUUUGAUGAAGAGUCCGCCUCUGAUGAAGACACUAAUGCGGACAAUCAACUUCCUGGCUUGGUCUGGCCGAAAUGCGAUCGGGAUGUUGAAGAUAUCUGGUAUCGCGGCUGGUUCUUCAUAUAUCCAGACGUAGAAGUCAGGUUCAAAGGUGCCGCCGGCGAAGUUCACGAUGUCUACCUUGUCACGUUCGACCCUAUUCCUCAGGACUGGUAUGAGGAAGAGGGUGCCACAUUCGACCCAAUGGAGCAUCCUAUUUGUUCAAAACGGAUGGAGGCCUUGGGCCCUGAGUCUGAAAGUAUGCUUUCCUAUUGGAUGUCACGGAGCAACCGUUCACAUUGGGUGAAGGAGGCUGAUAGAGCAACGGAAAAUGCUGUGAAGCUAGGCUGGGAGCGUUGGUGAUGUCGGAAGACAAUGGCUUGAGUUGUGUGUAACGAUCCGGCUGGACCAACAUGGUUGCACCAAGGUGGAUGUAUAGGGUAGCUUGGGAUGUGGAUUGUAUCAUCAAGUGGGAUUAGGACGUCGCCAAUUGCGUCGAUAGCUAUGGAGCUUAAGGCGUCCUGGUCUACCGUAUCAACUCGGUAAAUUCGUACUGAAUUUCUUCUCCACUAAGCCCACAAAUCCCAUAGCUUAAGUUGAAUGAUUCGCUAUAGUCGUCCCGAUA